GCCAAACAGGGGAAAUAGACAGAAUGAAGACUCUGUAUGUUGUGUCUCUUACUCUGCUGUAUGUGCUGGCAGUCAAUGCCCAGGCCAUCAGCUCGGGGAAAUGCCCACAGCCUGCGGUUCAGCAAAAUUUUGAUCCUACAAGGUAUAUGGGCAGAUGGUACGAGAUCAUGAAGAUCCCAAAUUCAUUUCAGUUUGGAGAAUGCUCUCAGGCUACUUACGCUCUGAGCGAUGGCAUUGUCCUGGUGCGAAAUGAUGAGCUUCUUGCCGAUGGCACCGUCAGUUUCAUCGAGGGCACUGCCAAGAUCACAGAUCCAUCAGAACCUGCUAAACUUCAGGUCAGCUUCUUCGAAGGUGCUGCUUCUCCCUACUGGGUCCUGGAUACAGACUAUGACAACUACACUCUGGUUUAUUCUUGCACUCAAUUGGGUGUUCUCCGCGUUGAGUUUUCUUGGAUCAUGAGCAGGGACCGCACACUUCCCAAAGAGACCGUCUCUGAGCUGCUAGACAUCCUCAAUGCCAAUGGCGUCAAUACACUUCUGCUUACUGAGACUGACCAAAGAGCAGAGCUGUGCAGCCGUGUGCCUUAAUGUAGCUGAAGAUGUGUUGAACUGUAUGAAAAGUUAAAUAAAUGUAAGCUUUUUUGAC